CUGUCGCAGAGCCAGGCGUACACUGAGCCGCCGGAGCCCCCCGCCGAGCAGGACUACCCGGGCAUGGUGGAGUCCACGGAGGACUACAAGUGGGUGGAGAGGCUCAUCCCACCCGUCCGGGUGCCCGAGCCCCCGAAGCACGAGCACUACCCCACGCCGUCUGGCUGGAGCCCCCCGCGAGACCCCCCGCCGGAGCUCCCGUACUUUGUUCGCCGCUCUCGCAUGCACAACAUCCCUGUCUACAGGGACAUCACCACCGGCAACAGGAAGAUGACGCUUAUCCGGAAGAUUGAGGGGGACAUCUGGGCCCUGGAGGGGGAAGUCAAGGAAUUCCUCGCGCAGCUUUCGGGCAAGAAGCCACCACCCACACAGGUCAAUGAGUUGACCAGCACCAUCCGCAUCAAGGGCUACUUCGACACUGAGAUUAAGGCCUGGCUGCUGGACAAGGGGUUCUAAAUAAAGCCUGGGGAAGCUGCUG